CCCAUGAUGGCCGACGAAAUUGAAAGCCGAUUCUCCCCCAACAAGCCGCUGGAGCCUGAUGUCCUCAGCGAACUAGAAUCCAUUAUGCGCCUUCAUGGCCUCUCGGCCGAGGAUCUCUUUUUCAAGUGGGAGUCGUAUUGUAUAAAACUGGAUCUUGAUGCUCAGGCACUAAGUCUUGAAGUUCUUCGGAGCCUCAAGCAGAGCAUUCAAGAUGAGCUCGAAAACAGCCAUCGAAAAGUCCAGGUCAAGACCGAGAGAAAGGUCGCCAACACACCGAGAGGCACGGCAAAGGGCGGCGAUGUUUUUGGGAUGUUAGAUGGGCUUGUUCCCAGCACUCCAGCGUCGGGGGCAAAGUUGAAUAGGGGUGCUGCGAGUGGCAGUGCUGUUAAGAGAAAGACGGAGACGCCAAAGGGGUUGAUGAGCUCGCCAGCGACAGGUAUGAACGAGCAGCUCAAGUCAUUAAAUGGAUUACCGCCCACAUCAUUCAGUGAUCGAGCAAAUCCAGGAGAGACUGUUGAAAUCCUAAACGAUCGCCUCAAUGCAGCCGAACCACCGAUUGCGCCCUUUGCCGAGCCUCGAGUAAAGCUCACAGCCGCCUCAGAUCAAAAGAAGCUGGGAUACAAGCCAUUGGCCAUGAAACUUUCCGAGGCCAGCGAAAUCCUCGACGACCGGAUUGAUAACUUCAUGGCUCUUAUUCAGCAACAUCAUAAGAUCGAUGAGAACGAGUUCGGUAGUGCCGCUGCGCAAAGUACAACUGAGGUCGUGGCUGUCGGCCGUAUCGCUUCUGACUCCUCAGAAGGAAAACUAAAUGCUGCGUCACUGGUACUGGAAACCUCCAGACGAACAGGAAUGGGCUUACGGGUACCCCUAAAAGUGGACAACAUCCGCUCAUGGAGCUUUUUCCCCGGCCAAAUCGUCGCUUUUCGGGGUACCAACGCCUCAGGGAACGAAUUUGUCGUGAAGGAGGUUCUCGAGGUUCCUCUACUUCCCAGUGCUGCCUCUUUGCCUUCUGCACUCGAGGGGCAUCGUGAGAGGUUUCGUGGUGGUCCUGAUGCUAUGGACGAAGAUUCAGAACCUGCACCUUUGAACAUUCUCUACGCCUCUGGUCCUUAUACUGCUGACGAUAAUCUCGAUUUCGAGCCACUCCAUGCGCUGUGCAGUCAAGCAGGUGAUACCUAUGCAGAUGCGCUUGUCCUCACAGGACCGUUCCUCGAUAUCGAUCAUCCUCUUAUUACCACGGGAGAUUUCGAUCUUCCUGAAGAGGCAAACUUUGACCCUGAUACAGCUACUAUGGCGACAGUAUUCAAAUACCUUGUUGCUCCCGCUUUCAACCGCCUUGCAGCCUCCAACCCGCAGAUCACCAUUAUCCUUGUCCCGUCCGUCCGGGACGUAUUGUCAAAACAUGUCUCAUGGCCUCAAGACUCGAUUCCUCGUAAGGAACUCGGCCUUCCCAAAAUGGUCCGCAUUGUCACAAACCCUAUGACUCUUUCGAUCAACGAACUUGUCCUUGGUGUCUCAUCGCAGGAUAUCCUCUCCCAGCUCCGCUCGGAAGAGGUUGUGUCUCGUGGUGGUGGACAACCUGGCACUGAUCUCAUGAGUCGGUUGUGUCGGUACCUAGUUGAGCAGCGACAUUACUUCCCGCUGUUUCCUCCUACAGAUCGCUCUAAGCUACCUAAGACGGGCACGGAAGAUGGUUUGGCUACUGGCGCUGCUCUAGAUUUGAGCUAUCUUGAACUGGGAGAGAUGGUGAAUGUCAGGCCAGAUGUCAUGAUUGUACCUAGUUUGCUACCUCCAUUUGCAAAAGUCGUCGAGAGUGUCCUCCUUAUCAAUCCUGGCUACCUUUCUAAGCGUCGCGGCGCAGGUACCUAUGCACGAAUGACAUUAUAUCCUCCUCCAGUAUCAAAUGGAAGCGGCGACGAUGUGAUGGGCCAUCAAAUAUACGAUCGUGCUCGCGUAGAGAUUGUCAGAAUAUAGAGCAUAGCUGGGUGCGAGUCCAGUGCUGUAUGUAAUCUCACGAGAAACGUCAAAAAGGAAGCCA